AUGGUGGUAUACCCGAAGCUUCUCGCUAGUGCGUACGCUACUAUUCGAGUACUACGUAGUGUACUGUAUUGUGCACUGCCUAUUGAGAUUUGGUACCGUCCAGAUGAAAUUAAGAAUGACACGAUUCUAAAUCCAUUGAAGCAUCUCGCAAAAACAGAAGGCAACAUCACGUUCCAGGAAAUCCACGAUCCGCGUGCAAAACGGUUUGUGGCAAAAAUCCACGCCAUCUACCACAGUUCAUUCGACCGCGUGCUGUUUCUAGACGCUGACAACGUUCCAGUGCGCGAUCCAAGCAUCUUGUUUACAUCUUCAGAGUUCAUAAAGACUGGGGCGAUGUUCUGGCCGGAUUUCUGGCAUCCAGACUCCACCAUCUUUGGGAUAAAUGAGAAUGCGCUACUGUGGGAGCUCAUAGAUAUGCCGUUUGUCGACAUGUUCGAGCAGGAAAGUGGACAGUUACUUGUAGACCGAACGCGUCAUGCCGCUCCAUUAGCGCUCGUGCGGUUCUACGCUCUCCAUCGUCCAGAUUUCUUCUCAUCCUUACGACUUGUAUGGGGAGAUAAGGAUCUUUUCCGACUCGCGUGGCUGAAGCUUGAGGUUCCCUUCACAAUGAUCCAGACUCCUCCUGGAAUGGCUGGAAUUGUCUACGAUUCCGUACUUCGUUCCGAUUUCUGUGGGUUGACGAUGGUGCAGCAUAAUGUGGGUGGAGAAAUUCUCUUCCUGCAUCGAAACCAGCACAAACUGACGGGAAAAUUUACGGAGAAUACCGAAGAUUCGAGUUUCAAUGAGGAAAAUGUUGAUACAGUCGACGAGUACGCAGAUCCAGCGAUAUGGACGCAUCUGUUGCGUUUUCGCAAGGAAUCAAGUCGGAGAAACUACGCAAUCCAGACGUUUCGACUGGAUUUGGACUUCGAGGCCAACAAAAAGUGCUUCGGUCGACGAGAUGUGUAUAGAAAUCCAAACUUCUACGUCCAGAAGAUGUCUGCCUUUGAUUUCUCUGGACUGGAAACCCUUCUACGGCGCUUUGCGCUGGAGUCAAUGCAAUCCUCUUACACAUGAGCCAGCAUAAUGUUGCAUAGAUUUUGUAAAGUAAAAUACGAUGAAAUUGGCAUGUCUUAUUCGCGC